AUGGUCGAACGCGCCAACAAGCCUAAGACGCUCUCGUCGACGCCGGCCCUUCCGCCCCAGGCGACCGUGACGUUUUCGGACGACAACUCGCGCGUCAUCGCCGAGCUUCCCACGGGUGAGCGUGUCGAGGUGCUCCUCUACGGCGCGACCGUCAUCAGCUGGAAAGAUGCCUCGGGUGACGAGAAACUGUGGCUGAGUGAGGCGGCCAAGCUGGAUGGUAGCAAGGCUGUGAGGGGCGGGAUCCCGCUUGUCUUUCCGGUCUUCGGCUCAGUUCCCGACCAUCUCAAGACUAAGGAUCUCCCACAACAUGGGUUCGCGCGUACCUCCCGCUGGGAGUUCCUGGGCAAGUCAACGUCUGAGUCUCUCGAAGGCGAGACCACCAACGAUCCGUCGGUGAAGCUCGACUUUGGCCUCAGCUCAGGGGCGCCGGGGCUCGACCCCAAGGCCGCCGCACAUUGGCCCUACAAGUUCAACCUCAUUUACAGCGUGACACUUAACCGCGAGAGCCUGACGACUAACAUCCUCGCCACCAAUGACGAUUCCCAGUCGUUUGAGUGCCAUGUGCUUCUGCACACCUACCUGCGUGUCAAUGAUAUUACCGCCGUCUCCGUUACCGGCCUCGGUGGUGCGCAGUACGUCGACAAGGUCGACUCGGCAAAGACCAAGACCCAGCCUACGGAAGGACCUCUGACUAUAACUGGCGAGACCGACCGCGUGUACACCCCCGCGGAGAACACCGUAACGGUAUCCGAGGGUUCCACGGAGAAGUACCGCGUUACGCGUGAUAAGUUCAGCAACGUGGUGGUCUGGAACCCGUGGAUCGACAAGGCUGAGGGGCUUGCCGACUUUGCGCCCAAGGAUGGAUAUCGUCAGAUGCUGUGCAUUGAGCCCGGCACGGUGGACUCGUGGCAGACGGUCGAGGCGGGUGAUGCGCUUGCGGGUGCCCAGACGAUCUCGCUGGUUGGUUGA